GUCCGUUUAUUACAACAAACCGGUGGCAAGAAAUUCAGUCUACGGAAAUACGCAGAGCCAACCGGAGUUCAUUGUUCAAGGGAGUUAAAUUUAUAUCUUAAAAAUGAGAGAAAUCGUGCAUUGCCAAGCCGGACAGUGUGGAAAUCAGAUCGGAGCCAAGUUUUGGGAGGUUAUCUCCGACGAACAUGGCAUUGAUCCCACCGGUACCUACCACGGAGACUCCGACCUCCAGUUGGAGAGAAUCAACGUUUACUACAACGAGGCAACCGGCGGCAAAUAUGUCCCCAGGGCUAUCUUAGUCGAUUUGGAACCAGGGACUAUGGAUUCCGUUCGAUCAGGACCAUUUGGACAGAUAUUCAGACCCGAUAACUUCGUUUUCGGGCAAAGUGGUGCCGGAAACAAUUGGGCAAAGGGUCACUACACCGAAGGCGCAGAAUUAGUCGAUUCUGUCCUCGAUGUCGUCCGAAAAGAGGCCGAAAGCUGCGAUUGUUUGCAAGGAUUUCAGCUCACCCACUCCCUUGGUGGAGGGACUGGCUCGGGCAUGGGGACCCUGCUCAUUUCAAAGAUCCGUGAAGAAUAUCCCGACAGAAUCAUGAAUACUUUCAGUGUUGUCCCGUCUCCGAAAGUAUCUGACACCGUUGUUGAACCGUACAACGCUACACUGUCAGUCCAUCAGCUGGUCGAAAACACCGACGAGACCUACUGCAUCGACAACGAAGCUCUGUAUGAUAUUUGCUUCCGUACUCUCAAACUCACUACACCCACUUACGGCGAUCUCAACCAUCUCGUGUCGGCUACCAUGAGCGGUGUCACAACAUGCCUGCGAUUCCCUGGACAGCUGAAUGCUGACCUGAGGAAACUGGCAGUCAACAUGGUACCCUUCCCUCGUCUCCACUUCUUCAUGCCUGGCUUCGCUCCCCUCACCAGCCGUGGCUCCCAGCAGUACAGAGCCCUGACCGUCCCUGAGCUCACCCAACAGAUGUUUGAUGCCAAGAACAUGAUGGCUGCUUGUGACCCACGCCACGGCCGCUACCUCACUGUUGCUGCCAUGUUCCGUGGCCGCAUGUCGAUGAAGGAAGUUGAUGAGCAGAUGCUGAACGUGCAGAACAAGAACAGCUCAUACUUUGUUGAAUGGAUCCCCAACAAUGUGAAGACCGCUGUUUGUGACAUCCCACCACGUGGUCUCAAAAUGUCUGCUACCUUCAUUGGCAACAGCACUGCCAUCCAGGAGCUGUUCAAGCGCAUCAGCGAGCAGUUUACCGCUAUGUUCAGGCGCAAGGCUUUCUUGCAUUGGUACACUGGUGAGGGUAUGGAUGAGAUGGAGUUCACUGAGGCUGAGUCCAACAUGAAUGACUUGGUGUCUGAGUACCAGCAAUACCAGGAUGCUACCGCAGAGGAAGAGGGAGAGUUUGAUGAGGAAGAGGAAGAAGGCGAGGCUGCAUAAGAUGUCCCUCCCACCCAGCUUUCUGCUGAUUGUAACUGUUGAAGAGCACAACAAUAAUAAAGUUUAACUAAAUAAA